UCAACAAUUCUCCCAAGUUUAUAUGUAUAUAAUAAACAAUUUUUCCCAAUUAACUUUUAUUCCAAAAUUUGGAAAUUGUGUAUUGCAACAACAAUAUUUAAGAAGAAUUAAUCCUCUCCGCUACUGAGCUGUGUAUGAUAUUUACUUUUUUUCGGGAUACGAUUUAAUAAUAUUAUAUUUUGGAGGAGACUUUCUAGUUUAUCUACGUUUUCUGUGAGCAAAAUGGAUAUUAUCAUAAAAAAUUUUCUGAUAACGCCGGGCGAUUAUAACCGUUAUCAAAGGGAAGAACGACGCGCCUGCAUAACAAUAACGAUGCAUCUUUAUCAUGAAAUCGGGUUAUUUCGCGUCUCGCACUGAUACACUGCGUAGGUUUGUUUUGCCGUAGUCUCAACUGUCUCUAGUUUGCAGUUGCCAGUUAUGAGUUAGGUCUCAUACUCUUAUUACAGUGCGCCGUACGACGUCGUUUAUGCAUUCGACAGUGUCGACAUUAUUUAGUUACAGUUGUGGCGCAGUGACGUUCAUUCUAAUUCAUAAUCGUAUAGGCAUUUUGGUUUUUGUUGGCGUCUCAAACAUUUUUUUGUGUACCUAAACCAAACUUGUCGAUUUCAUAAUGUCCGAACCUUUGGUUGUUGUCGAACUUAAUAAACUUACACCAGCGGAAAUAACGAAAUUUACUAGCAAAAAGCAAAAAAAGCAAAGAAAAUAUAAAUCAAAAAAGAAGCUACGCAUUGAAAAAAAUAUGGUACAAAAACAGGAAUCGUCAAUACAAUCUAAUGAGGUUAUUCCGAGUGAGAUGACCAUCGAACAAACAGUUGAUGAAAAUAAUGGAAUGGAUGAAAGCGUACAAAAAGAAGAAACGCCAAUCCAACCUAUUAAGCUCAUUUCUUGUGUGAAUAUCAAACAGGAAAUGCAUAAUAACGACUACAUGAUGGACAAUGGAACCCAAUCCAUGGAUAAUAUGUCUAAUGUCUCCAACGACUUUGAUCCUAAUAUAGUUAUAAAACAAGAAGUCGAGGAUGAAGAUCAUGGUUACACAACCAAUUAUAAUGACGUUGAAGAAGAAGAUGACAAUAUGUUUGAUGAUUCAUCAAACAAUUUUAUUCCUGGUAUAUUUAAUCGAGAAAUGCAAAAUGAUAACAUGGGAAACUAUAUGCAUAUACCUGCUCAAGGAAAUAUGUUUGGUCAAUCGAACAACUUUAUUCCUAAUUUUAAUUAUGGACAAGGACAUAAUGUUGUAAACAUGAAAAUGGUUUUACCACACUAUAUGUAUAAUUCCAAUGGCGAAAUUCUUCCUGUUACCUUUCAUAACAAUGACAACGAGUGGAUCAAUAAUGCACAAGGUGAUAUGUACAAUCCAUCAAACAAUCUCAUUCCUAACAUCGUACACGGACAAGGCUUUCAGAACAAUGAUUAUGUGGGAAACAAUAUAUCAUACCAAAAUGGAUUUAUAACUAGCUCAUCAAACGGUUAUGUUCCUUAUAUACCAAUCAAACAAGAAGUUCUCGAAGAAUGAGAUCUGUACAAAUGUUAAUAUUUAAAUACAAUUGUUGUUCUUAUAUUUAAAUAAAUGUAUUAUAUUGUUAUUAUAUUAUAUAAUAUUAUAAUAUUAUUAUAAAAAAGUUUACUUGAAAAAUAAAUAAUUUAAUGAUCAAAAUAUUUUAUACUUAAAUAUUUAGAAUACAGAUAAUAAUAAUUAAAAAGAAAACUAAUAAUAAUAA